UUUAGAUUUUCAUUUUUUUUUGGAAUUUUAUUAAGUAAAUUUUGGGAUUUUUUUUUUUAAAAAAAAUGGUUGAUACGGGUAUCCGUCAGGAUACGAGUAUCGGAAACUUUCAAAAAAUUACAAAAAAAAAAUGGAAACUUUUAAAAAUUGCAGAUACGGUCCGGGAACGUACGGUACGGGUAUCCUAGAGUAUCGGAUACGGGAACGUAUCCGAUACGCGGAUACGCUACCCUAGGGAAGUAUCCGUGCUUCAUAGUAUACAACCCUACAACAUAAUUUGAACCAUCCUAGGAUUCCUAGCCCGUCCAACAGCUUUUAAUCAUUCCGGCCCAAAUUAAUUGAAUAAAUCUGGAACGUUGUAGAACCAUGUGGAUGAAGGAAAAAACCAGACCCGUGUAAUGGAAGAUUUGAAAACGACUCUGGAAGCUACUUGAAAGUUCUGGCUCCAUCGUCUUCUCGUAUAUAAACCGGUUCGUGCUCCUUGCGAUGCUCAUCGAAGUGAAUUCAGCUAAAUUAAUCAUCAAAUUCGAAGUCCAAAUCAGUUCGACUGUUCUUAACGGAAGUACAAAUUCAGAUUUGAGUCAAUUAUGUCUCUGAUUCCAAGCAUCUUCGGAGGUCGCCGGAGCCACGUUUCCGACCCAUUCUCUCUGGAUAUUUGGGACCCUUUCCAAGGCUUCCCGUUUUCCAACGCCGUCGGCUCUGCUCGCGACACGUCGGCAUUUGCGAAUGCGCAGAUCGACUGGAAAGAGACGCCGGAGGCUCACGUGUUCAAGGCGGAUCUACCGGGGCUGAAGAAGGAGGAGGUGAAGGUGGAGGUAGAGGAAGGGAAGGUGCUGCAGAUCAGUGGGGAAAGGAGCAGGGAGCAGGAGGAGAAGAACGACCAGUGGCACCGCGUGGAGCGGAGCAGCGGCAAGUUCCUUCGCAGGUUCCGGUUGCCGGAGAAUGCCAAGGUGGAUCGGGUUAAGGCUUCAAUGGAGAAUGGUGUGCUCACUGUAACUGUUCCCAAAGAGGAAGUGAAGAAGCCCGAAGUCAAAUCCAUUGAGAUCUCUGGUUAGACCUCUGCUAUGAGAAGUUCAGCCUAUCCUCUGCGAUCUUUUGAGUAAAAAAAAAGGAAUAAGGAAUAUGUUGUGGUCAAAGACAGUGAUUAAUGUCAAUUGUAUGCCAUUUUAUGUUUGUGUCAAUUUACUCAAUUAAUCUGAGCGGGUGUCCUAUCCUCAUUUGCUUGAAAAUAAAUAAGAAAGGUUAAUGUGGGUACUCUUUUCACUGAUUACUUGUAUAGUGCCCCUGCUUAUAUGACUAUGAAGCUGUUAUGUUCGUCUUAAUAUUAGGGAAAUGGUGCUAAAUAAGACCUUAGCUUUUCAUACUUCCUCCGUUCUUUUUUAGUUGCAACAUUCCCUUUUU